GUACGAAUGCACACAUCCUCCACCAUUAUAGAGGUUAUGCUGAGGCCAAGAAGGAUGUCCAUAGAAUUCCAGUAAUUUUGCUUACAUCCUCUGGGUUAUUACCUGGAAAUGGCCUCAUGAUACACCUCCAUUUUAAGUGUAUAUAUUCAUGUCAGCACCUCCAGAUUUGUCCAGAUGCCAUUGUUCAUAAGGAACUGACUUAUGUGUGGAGUUGUAGUUGCGUGAGAGAAAUCAGUUAUUUUCUUUAUAUGUUCAUCAUAUUUAUGAAUUGAUUUCAAUAUAUUAACCCCAUAACAAUGUCUGGAACCUUUUUGUGUUAUCUGAUGUUUUGUAUUGUUAUUAAUGAGUUUUUCUAGUUUACAGGACAUGCCAGUCCCCUGCUUUAGUUGUACUUGCCUUGAUCAAAAUAAGUUUGAAAUUACAGGGUUGGGUCAGUCAGUGUAGGAGUCUUUGUUUAGUGUCUGAGAGAAUGCAUGUUUUUCUAAUUUGCAGCAGUUUGUUUGUGUGAGGAGUAGCACUCUCAAAUCCUACCAGAGCUAUGUUCAGUGGGUUGCCUAACUCAAAGAUAAUUAUUAAUGAUAAAGAGGAGCCAAGAGACAUCACAGUUUAUCUGCAAGUUAUUUAUGUGGUUCAGGGUGUACUGUAUAAUGGAUCAUGUUAAAACCUGAAGUGUCAGCCUUUUGCUAAAUGUUGGGGAAUACAGCCUAAUGUCACCUGAAAUUUGAAAAUUUUCAGAUAUAGUGAAAUAUCUUCAAUUUUGCAAAAUCCUAGGUAAUGUUAGUGAAAAUCUUGCCCCAAAAAUAUUGGUGCAAUGAAAGGCCGUCAUGAUGACUGACAUCCAUGAAAUACUAUAUUGGCUGUUGUCAAAGACAACGCUUUUUUCUUAAAAUAACUCAAGAAAUUGGCAUGCAACUUGGACACCAACUGUUGCAUUACUUGGGGACAUAACCUAGGCCUAUAGGAAGUGUACAGAUCAGAUAAGAUGUUGAAAGGCUGUGGCGGUCUAACAGACCCUAUGCGUCCUGGCAGUGCCGUGUGAUGAGAAAACACUUAUGGCAGCCAUUGUUAUUGUUUUGGUGUUGGUCUUGGUGUGUGAGUCGCUGAUUCCAAGGUGUCAUUGGUAUGGUUAGUAAUGUUCGUGUGGUAAUAAAAAAAAUAGCUGUAGUAAAACCACUCAUACAUACAGUAUACUUCAAUGGUAGUAUAUGAGGUGUAACCACACCCUCCCUCUACCAAGUCUUGUUCUUGGUCAUCAGCUGUGCGUCACUAAUCAAACGAAGCCUCACCGGCGAUAAAUAAACAUCUUGAGCAACCAGGUCACUUUCCACAUGGUGCUGUUGUUUCAGUAUGGUAUAUGUGUGUAUUGUAUGGUGCAGGUGCAGUAGUAUUUGGUAGACUAACAAAACAUUACAAAAUUGUUAAAGGUCUGAAUUUUUUAUUUUAUUUUAUUUAUCUAUUUAUUUUUUUAGAUUAGCACUUGAAAUGGGGUGUGCCUUCGACGCUGGCAAAUACAGUAACCUGUCACUGCUUACAUAUUAACCUAGCAUCGUUAAGGAUAGUAACAUUGCCAAAGAGAACCCCAUCUUAGCCCAAGGAAUACUUAAUUAUUGCCACAAAGGAUAAUAACCAAAUAUCAAAAUACUUUGACACUUCUCGAAAUCGUAUGACAUUACGCUGAAUGCCAGAUGCUUCAGAUCCGAGUUGUAUAUCCCCCCCUUUUUUUUGGGGGGGUGGGGCUCCCCAGUAGAAAUCUACAUGCUAAAUGUAUUACCAAAACCCUGGCAAAUUGUCUCCUAACAAACUUUGUUGUUUUAGGGAACUAGAUCUGACAGUUCAGCUGUCUCAUUUAAUCUAGUACAAAAUCAUUCUUUGGCUCUGUGUCUGUUUUUGCCCUUUUGUGCUAAUUUUAUUGAUGUGUUUUUUUUUAGUCAAUGAACAUAUGACACAAAGGUUAACUUAUUUCUUGGUUAGAUUUAUGGAACUAUCCAAAAAUUUAAUGUAACAAGUAGUACUGGGCAACUGUUAGGAAUAAGGACUGUGUCCUUGGGCUGCCGUGGGAUAUUAGGGUUUGUAAUUUUGCCUGGCUUUUUCCAGAAAGAUUUGUUAUUUGUGUAGUAUGAGUAUGAGGACAUGAAUGUGAAGAGGAUGGGGAUGGUUUAGAGUUGACAUAGAUAGAAUAUUUUGCCUGAACUCUGUGUUUCUCAUAUUUCUGAUUUACAUUUUUUUAUAACACCUGUGGUUUUAGAAAGUUUGCAUAUUUAAUAGAUACUCAAACAGGCACAAUAGUUACUUUUUUUCUCAAAUAAUGAAUCUUCUACUAAAUGUUAGAUCAGUACUUAGAAGCUUUAGCACUUCUAAUCAUCACCUCACGUGAUAUGAGCUCUGUUUUUCCACAGCAUAAUAGCUCAGUGUUGCAAGUUUUCAAAUUUGAGAUUGCCAGUAGAAUUUCAUCUCAUCCACUGCAAAUGUGGUAGAUUCUCUGACUAUUUUCUAUUUCAAUGUGUGAAGCAACUGCCUUGGUUCCCACAGCUGAGAGAAUGGGAAGCAUGUCAGAAUUGAGACCCCUCCUUCGGGAGAUGAAGGCCCACAGGGAGGACAUGUCAGGGGACCGCAACUCUGGAUGUCGCACCUCGGCAGCCAUGAGCGGGUCUGGCGGCCGCGGGGGCUCCGGGGGGCGCGGCCAGAAGGCGGGUUCAGCGAAGCGCGGAGGCUGGGAGGACGCCGGGGUGGAGUUCUACCGCGAAGCCUACCCGACCUCCGUGGACAACAUAUACGACGCGAGAAUCACAACGCUGCUCCCAUCCAAGCGCCAUAACGUCAACAGCUUGGGCCGAGGAACUGUGCGCCGGCGGGCCUCACAACGGAGCCGCCGGCCGCCGCCCACCACCACUGCCACCCUCGUCCACACCAGCCGACGGGGCUCCGACACCUACCUGGAGGUACUGCCAGACCUCACAACGGGUGUGGACGAGGAGGAGACGUGGGAGAAGCUGCAGCAGAUCCGUGCCCACGCUGUUCCCCUGGAGGAGAAGCGGAAGCUCAAGCAGCAGCUUCAGUCAGCACCAACACUCAGGACCAGAGGCCUCGCUGCCUUCAAGCUCUCGAGGCGCAAGUUUUUCUCACAGACCAAGAGCAGACUGCGGGAGAUGAUAUCCAAAAUUGAGUUGUGGCACUGGAGUCUCCGUUAUGUGGAAGGAAACUUUGGCACCGGCCUUGUAGCCUUCUUUACCUUUAUUAAGUGGCUCCUGUACCUGAAUCUGUUCACCUGUGUUCUCCUCACUGUCUUCAUUCUGGUGCCGCAGAUAUUCCUGGUCCACUCUAAGGAUAGCUGCAUUGUGGACAGCUGGCCUGGCUCGGGCGACUACAAUGACACAUUCCUCUUUGAAAAUGAGACCAACUGCUGUCACGAGUAUUACGAUGAAAUAAAGGCCGAUUCUCCACAGCUGAACAACUACUACUUAAUACAACUGGUGCAGGAUGGGGUACAGGGCACUGGUCCUCUGGAACUGUCUUACCUUUUUUAUGGCUACUACCCAAGACACAUCCUAGUGCUGGAGGUGGCCCCAGAGUGGAAGUACAACCUCCCUCUAGCAUACUUGUUGGUGGUGGUGGUGACGCUGAUCCUCAGUCUGGUGUUGAUGGUGAGGGCAGCUGCCAGGGGUCUGAGGGAAAGCCUUCGGUCUUCGGAGGGACAGUUUUAUCAGUAUUGCAACCUGAUAUUUGGAGGCUGGGAUUAUUGCAUUGAAAACAACAAAGCUGCCUCCAUCAAGAAGAAAGCCAUCUAUAAUGAGCUGUGUAACCACCUUGAGACAGAGAGGUAUAACGAGGAGAAGGAACAGAGGACUAAAAGAGAAAGGUGUCGGCUGUACAUGGUGAGGCUGCUGGUCAAUCUAGUAGUGUUGGCUCUCCUCUCUCUGUCCUUUGUGGCCAUCUACAAGAGCACUAUUUUUGCCUUUGACCACCUGAAGUAUGUCAAGGACUCCAAAGAGAGUGAGGAGGAGGACAAGUUGAUGAUCCUCCUGUAUGAGUACCUGCCCUCAGGCGUCAUCGUUACCCUUAACAUCAUCAUCCCAUAUCUGCUUAGAGCACUAGUGAAGCUUGAGCACUACACACCCAACUCCAUCCUGGUGCUGACCUUGGUGCGCACCGUCUUCCUGCGCCUUGCCUCCCUUGUUGUCUUGCUUAUCUCCAUCUACCAGCGCAUCCCUCAGUGCCCCGUCUCCAAGAGUUCCGAGUGUAUAAAUGACUGCCCCCAGCCGUGGUGUUGGGAGACGUACGUGGGGCAGCAGCUGUACAAACUUACCAUUCUGGACCUGAUCAUCAUGUUCCUCUCCACCUUCUUAGUCAACUUCCCUUUAAAGUGCAUUGGCCACAAGCUGAUGCGUGGCAGCCGGCUUGGUGCAGCUAUUGGGGACGUAGAGUUUGUGAUUCCUAAACAUGUGUUGGACAUUGUGUAUGGACAAACGCUGUGCUGGCUUGGCAUGUUCUACUCGCCACUGCUGCCUGCUGUCACCUGUGUCAAGCUAAUUUUGGUGUUUUACAUCAAGUAUUUUGACUGCAAGGUGAACAGCAGUCAGUCCUCCCAGCUGUACAGAACCUCCCGCUCCAACGCCCUCUUCAUAUCCAUCCUUCUGGUGUCCUUCAUCGUCACCAUCAUCCCCGUCGGCUACUCCAUUGCUGAGAUCAAGCCCUCGGUGGCCUGCGGGCCCUUCAGAGAGCUUGACACCAUCUGGAGUGAGAUGCUGGCAGUGAUAGAAGAAUCUCCGGACUGGCUGAAGGCAGUGCUGCUCUUCCUGGGAACAGCAGGAUUCGCUGUGCCCGCCAUCAUCAUUCUCAUCCUGGCCGGGUACUACUACUAUGCCGUAGCUGCUGCCAACAAGCACAUGGUGGCCCUUCUCAAGAACCAGUUAGUGCUUGAGGGCCAUGACAAACAGUUUCUCCUCUCUCGACUCAACCACAUGAUCAAGAUGUCAACCGAGGAAGAGGGAGGGAGCCCGUCUGCUAGAUCUUCUCGUUCUCGGCCUGCUGAAGACGAGACCAGUCACAGCAACGACCAGACUCUGGAAGCAUAAGUCUCAUAAGUGUUUGGUAACAAAACAGCAGACAUAUGAAAUGAAUGAGGCAGGGCUUCUUGCAGCCUCAGAGUUAGAGGAACAUUGACUAAUGCUGAAGGCAAAGGGAAAGCCCAAAGGGUCCUGCCUUGCCUGGACUGGAUAGGAAUUGGUGUAUUAGACGUGGAAUGUGAGGUGCCCUGAUACUGGCCACCCUGAUACUGGCCUGUGGUCUGCAUGCCCUUCAUUACCCCUAAGGCUGUGUUGACAAGCAUGUCUGAUGCAAGGCUGAUCAAUAUAACUUAGUUAAGACAUUUAAGUUAUCCACCAGGGGACAGUAAAUGUGAAAAUAUGAAGUUAACUUUCAGGUUAUGAGAAAUUAAAAAAUUUUUUAUCAUACCUGGUAUCACAAUAAUUAUUAUUUUUAUUUUUUUAGUUAGUAACGAUUUUUUCAACACUGGUAAGCCAUCAAAACUUUACAUCAUUUAGCCUGGAAAGCCAUACUCAUCCCACAUAGUAGGUUUUAUCCUUCUUCUAAAAUUUAAGGUAAACUAUUACUCAUACAAAUAUGUGGCAUAUAAAUAAACUAUGCUAAAUUUGUACAUAAAAAUCAAGAUAUUUUUAGUUUAAAUAUGAGGUGUAGGGCACAUAUGCUUUCUCCUCCAGAUCCAGCCAAAGUUUAUAGAAUCUCAUUUGACUCUUUAAAAUAGUACAAUAUGUUUAGCUUUACCACUCACAUCCUCUACCACAUAGUUACAUAAUUCCUUCAAAAAGACUCAUUAGGUGUAUAUAAUGUUGGGCUGCACACCUAGACUUUAUUUUUCAAUCUCCUUCCAUACAUCACUCACUACAGCUUGGCAAAAGGAAUUUAGGGUAUAGAUUAAAGACUGAAUGUGAAUAAGCUUAGUUCUUAAGAUUAUUGUUUACAAAUAGCAUUAUCACCAAAGUAAUCUAUUAGACUUAAAUAAGAAGGGUCAGCACUAUUGGCAAGAUGAUUAUGCGGUAAUUAUGCUCCUAUGUGGGCAACUGUUAUAGCAUUAUCUGUUGUUAUUCAUAUAUAAAUAUAUAUAUAUUUAGUAUUUAUCUGUAGCACAGUGUAAGAGGGGUUGAGAUACUGCCAUCUAUCAUGUAGAUAAACCCCAGUUUGAAAAGACAAUAGAGCUAAGUAUUUUUUAUCAUGUUGGUGGUAACUAGUGAUGGCGUGAAGAAGCACAAGUUGGAGGAGGGUGGUGAAGGAGAGAGGGAGAGAGAGGCAGAGGUAAAGAUCGGCACUCAGUGGUGGCGCAGGAAAGAAAAGGUUGACACACAUUAUACAGUCGUAAAAAGCUUUACUGAUGUGAACUGACACAGCUCUCGCCUUUUAACAGUGAAGAUGAACAAGACUCAAACUAAUGCCUUACUCAAGUAUAAUAUGUUAGCCACUCAUACAUAUAUAUGUAAGUUUUGUGUUCCAUCACAUACCUUUCAACCAUAAGUGUUGCACAAUGUGGUCAGUGGGUGAUAAGUACACACUUAGAUCCAGUUUUACAGCUCUGAUUGUUUGCAGGCAUAUCCUUGCCACUCCACCACACUACCUGCUGAAAAUAUAUCCUAGAAAUAUUAAAAUGUCACAUUCCUUAAGCAUCAUUCCAUUACAAAUUUUGCUCAAGUUUAUUAAGAUGUAUCAAACUAUUUUGUACAACCAAUAUCUUAAAAAAUUCCCCACAUAUGAGUUAUAAAUCAUAUCAGUAUACUAUAUGCAUUACUCUGCCCGUGUCUUCAAGAAGGAAAAGUCCUAUGAUGUCAGACAUAUAAGGAGUCAUGUUCAUAGUUGAAUCUAGCAGUGAUAUAAACCACCUUAGACACAGCAGUCACAUCAUUUGAUCUAUGUAGCUGUUCAGAAUUUCCAGUGAUAUGUGUUGCCAGCAGUGUCCCCAUAACCACACCAAACAGACCACAGCUGCAGUGCCUCAUCUAUCUUCUGGGUGACUGCCCUUCCUUCUUGCUGCCAUGACUCUGUGCCAAUACCAUUUCCGUGUAAUCCUCUCAGAGCUGCCCCACCUCAGUAUGUUAUUUUUUCUACCACACAGGGAGGAAUAAUCUCACGCUGUAGCUCACCAAUAUUGUUAAAUGCUUUUGCUUUUAUAAUAUAGUGCGUAGCCAACCUGAAUGGGCCAUUACCAAGAUAUAUUGUUUACUUGUAUACUAUUCAUACUUGUAGAUUUCUCUUAUUUAUGUUCCUACAUAUAUACAUAUAUUUUUUAAAGUAGAGAGGUAUGCUUGAAAUAUCUUUACCCCAAGGAAUUCAUGUAUCUGGUGAUAGUGCUCAGAUUUGUCUUUCAUUCAAUGUGUUCACCAAUAACACCUGUGCAGAACGUUGUCCUGUAGGCAGACACAGAGAGGAGUUGUAAAUGGAAUACAAUACAGUUUCUCAUUAAACAUAGGCACUUCCACUGCCGCUGAAUGUUAACUUAUGUUUGUCUCAUAGGUUCACUUUUUUCUGUUACUGUCAAGUGUUGGCGACAAAGAACCACUUCAGUGCCAUGUGUGUCAUGUUGUUAGCAACAGGUGUCUUAAAACAUGAACAUUCCUUUGCGGGAUCAGCACUGGCUUAAACUUUACAUUCUUAGCCAAUUCAAGCUUUACUAGUCAUCUUAAUUCUUCCACUAGUGCUUCAUGAUCACUGUUACUGGCAAAAAAAAAAAAAAAAAAUAUUGCUAAAGACAAUAAGAUACAUGAGGUAUGCUUUUUAAAUAGGUUGUGAAAUUGCAUUGUUUUAGCAGUGCACAUGAGUUAUUGCCACACACCCUCAUGUAAACACCGAAGCAGAUAUUCUGCUGCCUUCCAAUGGCUCAAACCAGUUUGCAAAGUCCAGUUGCAGCUGGUCUUUCUCAUUUUUUUUUUUUUUUUACAACUAGGAGUUUGUGAAACUUUUACAAAGCCCUGCACAUGAAUUUCAUUUGUAAGUGCAUGUGUAAAGUUUCAUGCAACUUAACUUGUAAUCAGCAUGAAAUCCUAGCUCUGAUGGUGUUAGGUCAGCAAAAAUACAGGCUUGUAGUGUCCUGCUCAUGGGGUUAACAAAGCAGCCCAGGAGUGUUGAUGACACUAUAGCUAGACAGUUUGAGGCUGCUAUAUAAAAUGAUGAGCAAAGAAAUUUUAUACAAUUUUCUUGAAGGUGAUGACCACAGUGGUAAUGGAGGUGUUGGCAUAUAAAAUAUUUCAUGGGACAGCUGAUUUUGCUCCUGUACAGCCCACACACUAACAAAUUUGACAUCUGUUAAUGAUUAGAAUCAAUGUGGAUCAAUGAAAAUUCACAAAUAGGAAAAAACUAUUAAUGAUGUGUGAUGGGCAUGUGGGGUGAAGCUGGCCAUACCAUAACCACCUUACUCAUCUGAAUCACCUUUACUCCUGAUAUUCAUAAGAUUGCAUAAAUAGGUUCUUUCAUUUUUAACUUGUUUACCUUGAAAUAAUGUGAGAAUGCCCAAUGGUUUCAAGCUUUAAUUGUUCAUUACCACUUAGUAAAGUGAAAGAAGUGCAUAUGUACGGAGCGGUUUCUUUACUUAUCACCCAGGACUCUUAUGUUGCAAUCCGAAGUGAAGAUGUUCCUGUAUGUUAGUGUUGUAGCCCCACAGAGCUCCUUAUUAUAGAGUUCUCCAAAAAGUGAUACAAAAUACCACUUAUACUUCAUUUCAGUGCACACCUUACAAGUGACCAUGUGAGCCAACACAACUAGUGUGCUUACACUGCCUACUGAAACUCAAGCUUCCACACUUAAUAUUCUGAAGCUGAAAAAUGCACAAUAUUACUUUCAAUGACCAGAAGCACACUGAGUUGCCAAGCUUGUAAUAAACCAUUAUGGGAGUUUGUGGUGUGCAACUGGCUCCUCUUUUCUAUAAUUUCAUAGAUCUUUGAUGCUGCUAUUCCACACAGACAUCAAGGAACAUAUCAGGUUGUGAAUCAUUUCCAAAUAUUGUUCCUUUACUAACACUAGAUGGUAAGGGCAAGUUAUAUAACCUUACCCUUACUAACCCAGUUGUUACAAUGAAGGUAAUAAAUAAAAUUUAAACUGUGUUACUGCCUGAAAUCAGCCAGACUCAGGAACUCUUGAUAUAAUGAUCUGUUCCACUCUGUACUUGUACUGGUGCUGACACACCGCAAACACCAUACAACACAAGGCUGGGAUGGACAGUCUGCGCAGCCAGCGAGGGCUGACUCUAGACACUGGAAUUGUAAGCAUUGAAUGGCAGCUAUUAGUUGUAAUGCAGCAGUAUUAUUAUACUUUUUGCAUUUCAUAUUUAGUAAUGUAUUCUAUGUUAGAUUUAUAAAUAUAAACACUUACUAUUUGUAUAAUUACUUCAUACGAGUUUCUCUGUUUAAGGAAAGUUGUACUUUUGAUUUCUGUGAAGGGCUCGGUUUGUAAUUGUGUAUUUGCUAAAUUCAUUAUAUGUGCAAAUGUAUAUAUGCAGUGCCCCUGUGCACUACACAAUCUUGCAAUGGCAAAUUGUUACCUCCUUAAGGUUGUGCUUUAAGUAAAUUUAUGAGCAAAACAUCGAAAACUCAUGUUUUGUACCUGUUUGCUAUUCGUAUCCAAGGAUGCAUGGAGUAAUGUUAAGGCUCUUAAAUUACUUGGUCUUCUGCAUCCCAGAAUUUUCCUGUCCCUGCCUCUACAGUGAAAUGGGGCCCUUCAGAGCACUACUAAUGCUACCCUCACCUCCAUUCACCACAGAUCACACACCAAACCUGUUUUGCUGAAAAAUUCUAUAUUAUUAUUGAACAGCUACAUGACGAGUUUCUUUCCAAGCUCACAAGUAACAUGGCAGACAAGUAAUUUACCUUCUCUGACUGACAUGUGCCAAAGAAAUAUUGAAGGGCAAUAAAUUUACCUUAUGUAAUGUUUUCCACUGGGUUGUGAGAACUGACCUGUGUGAGGAGUGUACUUGUCGGACAGGACGUCAUUAGUCACCCUCAACUGUGGCCGCCUCAGAGCCGCUUCCCUCCACCCAUUGUCUUCAUACUGUAAUACCAUUUGUAAUGUUCUGUCAGUUGUGUUUUAUAUACGUCCCAAAUACAAUUUUGGAACUAUA